AUGAAGUUGUUCGUGGUCAGUGGAGUUGUGUUGUUAGGAGUGUUGGCGUCGUUAAGUCAGGCUGAGGAACAAGUGGUCGUUUUGGAGGAUGCUGCCCAGCUCCCGGAGCUGGAUCGUGUGAAACGACAGUUUGGAGGAGGCCUGUUGGGAGCUUUGGGAUUGGGUGGAGGAGGCUUUAAUUCCGGCUAUGGUCACGGCCAUGGUGGUUAUCAGCAAGGUUACGGAGGCCAUGGUGGACAUGGAGGUCAUGGAGGAUACCAGCAAGGAUAUGGAGGACAUGGCCAUGGUGGUCAUGGAGGUGGUCAUGGAGGAUAUGAACAUGGUCAUGGUCAUGGCGGCUAUGGUGGAGGUCAUGGUGGACACGGAGGUCACGGAGGUGGUCACGGAUACGAGCAUGGCCAUGGACACGGGGGUCAUGGUGGUGGUCAUGGAUACGAACAUGGACACGGUCAUGGACAUGGUUAUGAGCAUGGGCACGGACAUCACCGGGGUUAA